AUCGUGCGGAUCGAACGUCUGGCGCUGCGUCCACGCGACUCGUACGUUGCAGGCAACCAGUUAUCAGUGACUUCUGUGAACAGUGACCAGUGAUUCAGACAGUGAACGAGUAACAGCCCGAGAAUUGUUGCAUUUACGGAAUCGCAUGGAUAUUCAAAAAGACUUGUGAGGAAGAUGCGAAGGCUCGACUCCUGACAGAGUGCAGACCCAGACCCCCCGUCCAGUAGCGAGUCCUUGGGAAGGACUCCGAUCUGAUUUGCAGGACUGAGCCGGGCGAGCGAUAACCAUAACCGGAAUAGCGGCCAGAGCAAUUUGAAUUUGUGCAUGCAGCGCAGGGAGCGAGAACGAGAGCGCUGCCGUGUACACUCGCUGUCUCUGUCCAUUUCCGGUCGCCUGCGACUGUGUGCGUGCGUGUCCGUGUGCGCGCUGGGUGUGUGCGUGCGCAAUCCGUGUAAAUAAAUGCAAUGCGAGGGGGGAAACAGAAAUAGCAACAUCAGAAGAAACAGGAAUAACAAGCGAAAUGGCAAAAAGUGCAGUUAAGCGUGGAAAUUGCAUUAAAAAUUGAGCAAAAAAUUGCGAAAACAAAAAGUGGCGGAAAGACAAAAAACGGAACAAACAAAGACGCCGGAGUUAACGAGCGCUAAAAGGCAAAAAAAGGAAAUCAAGCCAAAGCCGCCAAACAGACAGUCGGACUGAAGCGGAAAAAAGAACAAAGUUUUGAUUGAAAUUUUCAUUGUGCUUUCAUCCUUUCGGGCUUGUGUAAAUUUCUGAUUAAGCAACGCGAAACCGUCAACAAAACGCGUGGCGCGCAAAGUAAUAAAAUAUCCCGCACACACAACUCGAUUCGGUCUAUCGAAUAUCAAAUAUCGAAGAACUUUUUCGAGUAAUCGAGCAACAAAGCAAUUGGCAGUUCGUGUUCCAUUACCUUUGUCAUGACAGUUCGGGCCUACGUUUUGCUAUAUUUUUUAUUGUUUAUGCACAGCCAGAUCGCCGGCUGCGGUUGCCCCGGCCAUAAACAACCCAACUGACUGAUACACGAAAUUGAGCCGUGAACACUGAAAUCCGAGUGCCAGUGAGUCGAGCAGGAAAAGUCAAAGUCAGCAGGCGGCAGGCAGCUGGAAGCUGAAAGGCCAAAGCAGUUGGAAUUGGUAGUCACACCCCACCUAACGUCCACACAAAACACCCCGAGAACUCGGGUCGUUGACAAAGUAACGCAUUUAGUGAUAAGAGCCAAACGACUUUGGCGAAAUGAGCAGCCAAAACAGGAGCACCAGGAGCCGAGGGAGCCAAGGCAGCCAAAGGAGCACAAGGACGAGCAGGAGCAGGAGCAGCCGCACGGAGAUGGGCCAACUAUUGCUCCUUAUCGGCAUCGCAGUCGCAUCAUGUUUGCCGGGAACGGAGGGCUUCCAGCGGUUCUCGGAGCAGCCCAAGUACACGGAGGUGAAUCCCGCCGAGGACACGCUGCUCACAUGCAAAGUUAUCGACAAGCGCGGCACGUGCUCCUGGCAAAAGGAUAACAAGCCCGUUGGCAUCUACACAAAGAAAUACGAAUGGGCCUCACGUAUCCCGAGCAGCGACAACGGCAACGUCCUGCAUCUGGACCUCCAUCCGCCGGCGGUGCAGCUGGGCGGCGACUGUUCCCUCUGGAUCCGCUCCGCCACGCUGGACUUCGACGACGGACUGUGGGAGUGCCAAGUGACGGCCAGUGACUUCACCACCCAGGAUGCCCUCACCAGCCAGCCGGUGCGACUUGUCGUACGUGUGGCGCCGCAGCGACCGAGGCUCGAGUACGAGGCGGUACACGUGCCGCCAGGACACAACAUCACCGCAGACGCCGGCGCCCUGGCGACGGUCAAGUGCGUCUCGCACUACGGCAACCCGCCGGCCACCCUCAAAUGGUUUUUGGGCGACCAGGAGAUCUCGCCCAUCCACCCGCAAAUGAACGCCACCGAGCCGGAUAACCCACGCACCUGGUCGGCCACCUCGGUGGUGCAGGUGUCUGCGAUGCGGGAGCGCCACGGCGAUAUCCUGCGGUGCGCCGCCUUCCACGAGUCCUACACGGCCAAAUCGGUGGCGGUGGAGGCCCGCCUGGACGUGAAAUACGCGCCGAGCAUCCGUCUAAUUGGCUCGCCGGAAAUCGACUUGGAGGAGGACAAGGAUGCGCUGGUCCUGCGCUGCGUGGCCGAUGCCAAUCCGCCGGCCAGCAUCGUCUGGCGGCGGGCCGGUCGCUCCGAGAUAGCCAGCUUGCAGGAAACUCUGCAGUUGCGUCCCGUCGGGCGUCGCGAUGCCGGAUUGUACACCUGCCAGGCGCAGAACUCGGUGGGCACCUCGGAGCAGCUGUCGGUGCAGUUGGAUGUGAAGUAUCCUCCAAAAAUUAUUUCAGCUGGCCCGGACCGCCUCACCACCGCCCCGCUGUUCAGUCCCGCCGCCUUCGAGUGCCUGGCUGAUGGUAAUCCCCUGCCAUCCUUCAAAUGGGUACAGAGAAUGGCCCACGGUUCCAAGUACGUGGAGCGGGGCUCCGAGUCCAGAUUGGUCAUCGACAACGUCACCUACGAGUACCAGGGCGAGUACGAGUGCCGAGCGACCAGCUACAUCAAUGGCCAGGAGCGGGUGGCCAUAUCCGAUCCGGUGUCGCUCCAAGUUGUGGGUGCCCCCCAGGUGCUGCGCCUGCACCCAUCCCUGCACACCGUCUCCGUGAAGCGAGGGGAGUCGGCCACCCUGACGAUGGUUGUCUGCGCGGAUCCGCGGCCCCAGCGCGUCGCCUGGGAGUGGGGAUCCCUGCGUCUGGAGGCCGGCUCGGGCAUCGAUCGCUUCCGGGCCGACGACAUGCAGCCGGACACUCGGGAGGACUGCUACCUGUCCACGCUGCACAUCCUCCACGCGGACGAGCACGACUCCAGGCCCUACUACCUGGUGGUGGAGAACGAGCGGGGCACCGAUCGUCAUGCCAUACACCUGAUUGUGGAGGGUACGUUUGCAGAACCCUACGAGAUGAGCUAUUUGAUGGGCGUGGCCGGGGGCUGCAUGGCCGCCAUCCUCCUGCUGGUCUGCCUCUGCAUCUACGCGAUCAAGAGCAAGAGAUGCUGCUUCAAGGGUUCCACGGGCUAUAAAUCAUCGGAUAAAGACAGCGAGAAAGCUGAUUUGAAAUCACGCUCGGAUAGCACGAGUGGCCCUCAAGGUGAUUCGAUUUACACCACGCCGGCGGGCUUCCAUCAUCACCAGCAGCAGCAGCAACAACAGCAGCAGCAACAGCAGCAGCAACACGCCGCAGCAGCAGCAGCAGCGGCCCUGCACGCCGCAUCCUCCCAGCAUGCGCAGCAGCAGUACCCGGGACACGGAUCGCCGGAGGCAAUGAAGAGCGUACCGGUCCUUCGAACAUUUGGCGGUCAUCACAUCGCGUAGCGCGAGCGGGAACGGGAUGUGGGCGUGGCCAGCUCCCCCUCACCCACGAUAGCCACGCCCACCGGUACGCCGCCCCUGCUGCCGCCGCUGCCCAACACGUUCGUGGCCAUCAAGACGAAGUCCGACUGCAGCAGCAGCAACCACAGCAACAGCAACAACAGCAACAGCAACAACAGCCUGACCCUGCACAGCGGCAACAACAGCUUCAAGUCGAGCGGUCACCGCAAGUCCCCCCAGCCGCCGCCACUGCCCAUGAAAAACGGGGCCAAACAGCAGCAGCAGCAGCAACAGGAGUCGCACUACCAGCACCUGACCUACCAGCAACAUCCCGGCAGCAACACACGCAACACCCUCGAUCGCAAGCAGCAACAGGGUAGCGGCGGCGGCGGCGACUAUUGCACCCAGAUCAAUCCGCACUAUCUGCAGACCUUCGACAGCUUGGACCACUACAGUGUGGCCACGAUGCAGCAGCAGCCGCUGCGCAGCCAGUCCAAGUCGCAGAUCUACAGCUACGGCAGCAGCGGCACCGCGAGCGACAACAGCAACCACAACCAGCAGCACCUGCAGCAGCAGCAGCAUCCGCAACACUACCACAGCAGCAGCAACAUUGCCCACAUCGAGCACCACUACCAUCCGCAGCACGGCAGCGAUCGCUACAGCCACCCGCAUGUGCAGCAGCAACAGGCGCUGCAGCACCAGCAACAUCAGCAGCAGCAGCAGCAACACCACAGCCUGAAGCACACCAAGCACGGCAAGGGGCACAAGGGGGGCAAGCACGGCGCGAAGGGCAGCAGCAGCAAGUCGCAGGACGACUUCAAGGCCCUGCACAAGCAGCAACAGCAGCAGCAGCAGCAAAAGUGCAGCGGCAACAGCAAGGCGGCCAAACGCAACGGUUGCAGCAACCAGGUGUUGCCACUGCCACCGCAGCAGCAGCAGCAGCAGCACUAUUCCAGCUCCAGUGAUAGCCUACCAUUUGAUAAUAACUAUUAUUAGACACCAGCACACUCAGGCACACGCACACUCACUAACCGAGAAGAGAGGUAUAAGGGUGUCCCAGAAGGGCAUUACAUAACCCACAUUUUCGUGAGACUCAGUCCUUGAAAGCUGAACUACAUAAAGUUGAACAUCCAAUUUCACAAUUCUUCUGGUUUGCGAUUAAUAUAUACCUAUUUGAACUUUCCCCUUAAACUGGGAUUAGAAAAUAAUCGCUGCUCAUUCGCUACCGCCACACUUACAGUGUACAACAACGGUUGCAACUCAUUUAUCGAUAAACAUGUAUUUAACAACCCUAACCUUUACGCCUUACGAAAUUUCACAGUAAACAACAUUUCACUCUUCAUUUUGUUAAUUAUAAAUUAAGCCAGAUCUGUGUUAAUAGGAAACACGUUUGCAAUUAUAAUUGAAACCAUUAUUUCUAUUAAUUGGUAAAAGAGCACAUUUAUUAACCUCAUUAAGCAGUUCCAAUGGAAAUCCAACCCACCCGAAGUAAAAUUCCAAUGCAAGCUGGUAUUUCGUUAAGGUAUUUCAUUACAUUACUCUGCUUUUUUAAUUAACUUGGCAAGGCAUUGGGACUUGGUUAAUAAUUUAAUGAAUUAUACCCACCAAUUUGCGCAUAUAUUAUGCAUUUUUGGGACACCCAUUGAAUACCUGGAUUUGAAGAACGACCGACACACCCGCAGACACACACAUUUCUGUGUUCGCCAAAAUGGUUGAAAGUUUUCAUUUGAUUGAGAGAAUUUGCAAACAGGAUUUCGAGCUGCAAGAUGCAUUCCUGAUUGCAAUGCAAAUUUGAUUUUGCGGCUGCCGGAAGACGAUUCCUGGCAUUUUUACAGCUGCCGCAUGCAGCAGACGAAGGCUUUGGGGGAGCUAAGUGUUUUGAAUGCCAACUGUUUGGGCAGCUUGUUGUUUUCGUACGAUGAUAGCCUCUAAAUGAAUUAAAUAUUUACCUAGUCUAUAAACUAAUUUAGUUCGUAGCAAAUGUCAAAACGCAAUUGAGAGGCCACCUGAAGUGGCUCACAUAUAUAUGCAGCUUAUUGUUAAUUGUGUACAUAGAAUGGAUAAGCGUAUGAAACUAGUUACUUCUAUUGUAGACCUAAGCCAGGCCCACCACUCCCUGAACCCCUGAAACCCCAUGAACCCUGACCCCUAGAGUCCAAAGAAGAGAACCCCUAAAAAGCUCACCAGCCACCAGACUUAGCACACAAAAGCAGACCGUGUUCUUU